GUGAACAGCUUUUCUAUGUUCAUCUAGCCGUCCCAAAAUUGGAUUUCUCAUAUACACUUAUUAUCAAUCAAUAAUAUAACGGCUCAUCACAUUUCACACACAUUUCAUAUCAUCAUAUAAAUAUAUAAAUUCGGCCAUCGUUGAUAUUCCAUUUCAAUUCAACAACAUUGUAACAACUUUAUCACCCCACCCAUAUUAUACACACAUACACAAAAAUGGCACAAAUAGUGAACAACAAGAAAAUAGUACUAAAAGAUUAUGUUAAGGGAUUCCCAAAAGAAUCCGACAUGAUCCUUAAAACAUCCGACACAAUCGAACUCAAAAUUCCAGAAGGCUCAAAUGGGGUUCUUGUAAAAAAUCUUUAUUUGUCUUGUGAUCCUUAUAUGCGUGGUCGGAUGACUAAAACUCAAGGCAGUUAUGUUGAUUCAUUUACUCCUGGUUCUCCUAUAAAUGGAUAUGGAGUUGCUAAAGUCCUUGAUUCCGGGCAUUCAAACUUGAAGAAAGGUGACCUAGUUUGGGGAGGAGUUGGUUGGGAGGAAUACAGCAUUGUCACUGCUCCCGAGACUUUAAUUAAGAUUGAACAUACUGAUGUUCCGCUUUCUUAUUAUACGGGAAUUCUUGGUAUGCCUGGUAUGACUGCUUAUGUUGGGUUCUAUGAGAUUUGUGCUCCAAAGAAAGGAGAAUAUGUUUACAUCUCAGCAGCUUCAGGUGCAGUUGGUCAGCUAGUUGGGCAGUUUGCUAAGUUGUCAGGAUGCUAUGUUGUCGGGAGUGCUGGUACAAAAGAAAAGGUCGACUUAUUGAAGAACAAAUUUGGAUUUGAUGAUGCUUUCAACUACAAGGAAGAGCAAGAUCUAGUUGCAGCUCUAAAGAGGUACUUUCCUGAAGGAAUUGAUAUUUACUUUGAGAACGUUGGGGGGAAGAUGUUGGAGGCGGUGCUCUUGAAUAUGCGGUUAAAGGGGCGCAUUUCUGUUUGUGGGAUGAUCUCACAGUACAACCUAGAGCAAGAGGAGGGGGUGCGUAACCUGUUGUCCGUUAUCACAAAACGUCUAACCAUGAAAGGGUUCAUCGUGAGUGAUCAUUAUCACUUGUAUCCAAAGUAUAUGGAAAUGGUUAUACCCCUUAUUAAAGAAGGGACUAUACGUUACAUAGAAGACGUGGCAGAAGGACUUGAGAAUGCUCCUGCAGCUUUGGUUGGGCUGUUUUCGGGCAAAAAUGUUGGGAAGCAAGUAGUUGCCGUGGCUCGUGAAUAAGGACUUGCACAAAUGCUGGUAGAUAUGAGGUGUGUAUGCAUUUGCUAAAUAGAUCGAAGCUUAUAAAGUGUUCGAAGUAUUGUAUUGUUAUCUUUUAUGUUUUCUGAUAGAGGAUGGGAUCGGAAGCAAUAAUUCAGUGUAAUUUUUAUUAUCAUUCUAUACUUAAUAAAACAUAUAAACAUUGUCUUAA